AUGUCGCGAAUUGCCGAUACGAGGGAAGUGAUUUUAACUAGUGACAGUAGCAGUGAACAUUGGAGCGCGGCCGUGUGGGAUCACCGAACAGGUUCUAUUUUAUCGACCUACAAAUAUGCUGGUGCUCUCAGUCACAGAAGUCUUCAACUCUUAAAUGACAGUUAUGUAGUGGGUGCGGAUCUAACGAAGCCGCGUAUAUACGUUUGGCCUUUAAACAAUCAUACUCCCGUGUCUAACCUUCGAUUGACAACGCCAGGAAAAGUCACUGCCUUGAGCUGCACGCCCAAUGGCGCCUACAUCGUCGCCGCCAUUUCCGAAAAGCUAUUUCUUUGGCAAUUGUGCAACGGACGUUUGUUAAAGAAUCUGUCGCAACAUUACCAAACUGUGAGCUGUUUGUCGUUUAGCAAAGACAGCUCCAUUUUCGCCAGUGGCGCCGAGGACGGAUUAGUUUUUAUAUGGUCGUUGUAUCGCGUAUUGAACGAUGAGCAUCCUACGCCAUUGCAUGCCUUCUCUCAUCACUCUUUGCCAGUAAAGGAUCUACAAUUCGGGCAUGCCGGCGCGAAAGGAAGACUGUGCUCUGUAUCUCUCGAUCGAACAUGCAACGUUUACGACCCAGGCUCUGGACUGCUAUUGCUCACUCUUGUGUUCGACGUGCCGCUCAGUUCCGUUUCCAUGAACACACGCGAAAGUGAUUUAUUCGUGGGCUGCACCAACGGUGACAUAUACCGAUUCAAUUUACACGAGCCGCCACGUGGAAUAGAGCAUCAUGUGCAGGUACGGAACGACGGAAAUUCAGAGGGCGUGAUAGUUUUCCAUGGGCACAAAUCGAGCGUGGUGGCAUUGUCGAUAUCGAUAGAUUGUCGAUACCUGGUGUCAGGCUCGACCAGCGGCGAAGUUCACGUUUGGGACAUAGCCAGUCAUCAAAUUCUUCGUACAAUCGAUCACAAAGGGCCAAUCACCGCAGUAUUCUUCGCAAAAUACUACGACAAUUUUCGGCCAUAUACCGACCUUAAACCACAUUUGCGACUAUGUAACUUACAGAGGAUAUCAGACGAUACUGGAAAAGAGAGUUCCAUCGAAGUGAUUUCAAGGGAUCGAAAUAUCACUGACGUUCUAAAUUUUGACUCGUUCACGGAGAAAAAUGUCGAUAUUACCGGAUCGGAGGAUCUAGCUGCCAGAAAACUUCUCGAAAUGAAGGAAGAAAUUGACAAACUGAAGAAAAUCAAUACCGCUAUCUAUCAAUACAGUGUGAAACAUAUUUUGAAUAAGUUAGAUAAAGAUUUAACUUAG